AUGCAACGUAACGUCCUGAGUCGAACCGAGGCGAUGCUUACGAUGACUGGGUUUUCAGCCACUGAGUUCAACACUCUCUGGUCUGUUGUCAAAAUGCAUGCCAUGAGUUCAUGGAACGAGGGCCGCGGACGUCGAAGCCAAACUACCGCCAAGGACGCAUUCUUCAUGCUCCUAUGUGUUAUGAAACAUUAUGACACGUGGGACAAACAUGCUUUGGACUUCGACAUCAAGGCGCCAACUUUCGAAAAGCUCAUUGGCCGCAUCAUGGCACUUGUCACUCCCGUCCUGUAUGAGCACUUCUUUCAACCCGCCAACCGACCAUCGGGGUCUUUCGUCGAGUCCAAGCGCUACUUUUCCGGCAAGCACAAGCUUUACGGGUACAAGAUUGAAGCAUCUGGGGUCUACGUGGACGUCUCAGAUCAUCGACCUGGUUCAGUGUCCGACCUUACCAUGUUCUUGGAUCGCAUUGCUACCCAUCGAUCAGCAUUAUCGAAGAGUUCUGACGAAGAUAUUCUUGUUGACGCUGCUGAGGGGCGCCGCCUACAUGCAACAAGCUGGGCCGUGCUCCAGGACAAAGGCUACGAAGGCAUCGACGAAGCAAUCCGAAACAUCCUUCCAAAGAAGAAGCCACGUGGUGGUCACUUGGACCACGUCGAGAGACAUACAAUAUUUGACAAGGUUGCGUGUUUAUGUCCGUGGCUCCAAUAA